AGUAUUUAGUGAAUUGCUCAAUAUGCGCAUCGAGCGCAGCCUUGACUCUCUUUAGAACGCAGCAGGUAAUCUCGCGAUAACAGCACAGAUCUUGUUCUCGGAAAGGAGGGAGUUCGAAGUUAUGCUAGCUAGCUGUUGUUACUAUCUAUAACUACCCAACUAGUCAACUUUUUAAACGUCAAGUUCCAAGAAGCUACAGCAACCUUGUAAACAGUUGACCACCAUGGACAUUGAGGAUGACACAACGGUGUUCUCCACUCUGAAGUCCUUUAAGAGUUUCAUCUCUCUUCCGGACACGUCUCGGAACCAGGGAGAACCCGCCCCGGUGCAGAGCCACGUCCUACAGAACCAGUACCUGCAGAGAUUACAGUUGCUGGAGGCAGCAGAGAAGGUUCAGUCUAAGACCCAGCUGAUCCAGAUGGACCAGGAGAAGAGACAGAUGGAGAUCAGUCACAAGAGAGCACGCAUCGAACUGGAGAAGAACGCAACGCUGAGCGCUAGGGACUUUGAGCGUGAGGUGGACCGUAACCAGGACCUGCUGGGACGAAUCAGACGCCUGGAAGAGAGGGAGGCGGAGUCUAGCCAGAGCCUAUCGGAAAAGGCAGAGGCAAACCGUGCUCUACAUCGGACCCUAGAGUCUCUCAACAGAAGGGUGGAGGAGAGGGACGGAUGGCUCAACACCUCUAACCAGACUGUGAGCGGUUUAAAGGAUGAGAUCCGGGACCUGAAGCAGCAGGUCCAGACGCGGGACAACACCAUCUCUAACCAGACACUGGAGAACCAGGGACUACAGGAACAAGUGGAGCUACAACACAGGAAGUACCAGGAAGUGUCUCAGCGGUGCCAGGCCCUCCAGUUAGCAUCAUCCACCUGCUCCGACCAUGAACUCAAGAUUAAGGAGUUGGAGAGGAAGUUGGCUCUGCAGGAACAGGAUGUUGUCAUAGUGAAGAACAUGAGGUCAGAGGUCGCUAGGGUCCCAGAUAUGGACAAGGAGCUCCGACAGCUAAGAGAGGAGAAUGUUUACCUCAGGGAGACGAGGGAGAACGUGAUCCUGCUGAAGGAGGAAACGGAGGGUUUGAGACGUAAGGUAGAACGGAUGGAGAAGAUGAAAGAGGAGAUGGUGAACGUGGAGCUGGAGAAGGAGAAACUGUCUCAGAAACUGCAGGCCUGGGAGAACCUGGGACAGUCUACUGGACUCAACAUACGGACACCAGAGGAUCUGUCCAGAGAGGUGAUUCAGAUCCAACAACGAGAGAUCGCUGUCAAACAACACAACUACACUCUCACCAGCAGCUGUAGGUCAGUGGAGCGGUCUAAGGCUGACCUCCAGGGGGAGCUGUUGUCGCUACGUUCUAAAUCUCUGGAAGAACAGAAGAAGAGAGAGACCCAGGAAUCCCUGGUCAGACGACUACAGAAGAGAGUGCUGCUGCUCACCAAGGAGAGGGAUGGGAUGCGGGCUAUCCUGGAGUCCUAUGACAGUGAGCUGUCUUCUAGUGACUACACUCCUCAACUCAGCCGCAGACUCAGAGAGGCAGAAGAUGUACUGACCAAGACUCAGAACCACAAUACAGAGAUGGAGGUUCUGUUGACUAAAGCCCAAGAGGAGGCUGGGGCCCUCAAACUACAAGUACAGACUAUGGAGUUGGAGCUGGAGGUUAUGAAGAAGCAGCAAGACGAGGGCAACCCCUUAGCAACGAACGAGGAAGUCAACACACUCCGGCUGAAGAUUGAGGAGUUGGAGGGAGAGCGACAACGUCUGGAAGAACAGAACAAUGUUCUAGAGCUGAGGCUGGAGAGACACAACUUACAGGGAGACUACAAUCCGGUCAAAACCAAAGUCCUGCACUUCAGUCUGAACCCUACGAGCAUGGCCAAACAGCAGCGUGUGGAGGAAGUGGAGGCGCUGAGGGCAGAAGUGGAGUGUUUGAGGGAACGCCUCCGCUCACUGCAGACAGGGGGCGCUAUCCCUCUUGCUGCUGCUGCAGGAGAGACCAGCCUCAGUCUGCCUCCCUCACAGGAGGUCCUGGAUCUGCGUAAACAGAUGGAAACAGCUGAACUGAAGAACCAGCGGUUGAAGGAGGUGUUCCAGAGGAAGAUUCAGGAGUUCAGGACGGUGUGUUAUGUUCUGACAGGCUAUCAGAUCGACAUCACUACUGAGAACCAGUACAGGCUGACCUCUGUCUACGCUGAACACAUGGACGACUCUCUACUGUUUAAGUCCAGUGGAGGUGCUGUGGGCAGUGGAGGCAGUAUGCAGCUGAUGGAGACAGACUUCAGUCGGACCCUGAGAGAGAUGGUGGACCUCCACCUGCACCACCAGAAGAGCAUCCCAGCCUUCCUCUCUGCUGUGACUCUCGACCUCUUCAGCCGACAGACCACGGUCUGAUUUGACCCUCGACCUCUUCAGCCGACAGACCACGGUCCGACUUGACCCUUGACCUCUUCAGCCGACAGACCACGGUCCGACUUGACCCUCGACCUCUUCAGCCGACAGACCACGGUGCGACUUGACCCUCGACCCCUUCAGCCGACAGACCACAGUCUGACUUGACCCUCGACCUCUUCAGCCGACAGACCACAGUCUGACUUGACCCUCGACCUCUUCAGCCGACAGACCACGGUUCGACUUGACCCUCGACCCCUUCAGCCGACAGACCACAGUCUGACUUGACCCUCGACCUCUUCAGCCGACAGACCACCGUCUGACUUGACCCCACCCCCGGGGUUGAGGGUGUCCUGUGAUGUUAUAUGACCCGUGACCUCAUUGUUUGAAAUGUGAUGUCAUUGCCUUAACCUCUUCACAUAAUGGUUAAGGUUAGGAUUGGGGGUUAGCUGAUCCUAGAUCUGUCAUUGUUUUCCCGACCUGUGAUGUCGUCAUGUGACCCCCCCUCCCCCCCCGAGGUGACCUACGACCUCACCUAUCUGACCUGUGACGUCAUGGUCUGAUUGACAGCUGUGCGACGGACUCUGAUGAUAAUAAUCUAAAGUUAAAUAAACGGAGUCGCUGUCUAGACUCUCCACAGGAAGUCACACCUUUACAACAGAAUAUCAUUAUAGAUGUUUCUCCACAGGAAGUUACACCUUUACAACAGAAUAUCUUUAUAGAUGUUUCUCCACAGGAAGUUACACCUUUACAACAGAAUAUCAUUAUAGAUGUUUCUCCACAGGAAGUUACACCUUUACAACAGAAUAUCAUUACUUUCAGUCAGAUGUUCUGUUAUUGUUUCUCUACUUCCUGUGUUGAUCUCUGUAACCUUCAGUCAGAUGUUCUGUUAUUGUUUCUCUACUUCCUGUGUUGAUCUCUGUAACCUUCAGUCAGAUGUUCUGUUGUUGUGUCUCUACUUCCUGUGUUGAUCUCUGUAACCUUCAGUCAGAUGUUCUCUUGUUGUUUCACUACUUCCUGUUUUGAUCUUUGCUCGAAAGUUGUUGUUUUCAACAGAAGGUUCAUAUGGCUUCAUGUUGGACACACAACCCGUAUGUCAUUUUAAACGGACACACAACUAUCAUCUUGUUAUUUUCUUGUAAAUGGAAAGUGGAGAAAAAGGUUGAACCUGAAUGAAUUGAUUUGUAAUUAGAACCAACAGCUCUAUCGCUUCUUACCUCUGAGUCUGUUUUGUUUUCUGAAUCCCAUUUCUGAGUCAAUCUACACUGAACAAAAAAAAUAGAAACGCAACAUUGUAACAUAUUUAGCAAACAUUUCUCUACCAUGAGCCGCCUCCGAUGUCGUUUUUAGAGAAUUUGGCAGUACGUCCAACCGGCCUCACAACCACAGACCACGUGUUACCAUGCCAGCCCAGGACCUCCACGUCCGGCUUCUUCACCUGCAGGAUCGUCUGAGACCAGCCACCCGAACAGCUGAUGGAACUGAGGAGUAUUUCAGUGGCUGUGCCCAGUCAUGUGAUAUAGAUUAGGGCCUAAUUAAUGUAUUUAAAUUGACUGAUUUCCUUCUAUGAACUGUACCUCGGUAAAACUGUUGCGUUUAUCUUUCUGUUCAGUAUAAUUAUGACGUGUGGAAUGUUAUUUCAGACAUGAAUUGAGUUAAUAAAGAAUGAAUCCAA